GCGGCGGCUGCGGUGGCGGCGGCCGCGGCGAGCGGGGCGGGGGCGCGGGGCGCGGCGCGCGGCGCUCGGAGUCCGCUCGCGGCCGGAGGCGGCUGGGCGGCCGGGGCCGGGCUGGGAGCCGCGAGGAGCGCGCGCAGCGCCGCCGGAGCCCGCCGCCCUGGCCAUGGCCAAGGCGGGCCGUGCAGGGAGGCUCCAGGAGAUGACACCCAUCGGGCUGGAAAAGGCUGUCUCCCUGGGUCCUUGCCCACCCCCAUUCCUCCCACGAAGAGAACAUGGCAGGUGGCCCUCCCCCGGGCGGUGGUGCCCCCUGGCACCUUCGAAAUGUCCUCAGUGACUCAGUGGAGAGCUCUGAUGAUGAAUUCUUUGAUGCUAGAGAGGAGGUGGCCGAAGGGAAGAAUGCCAUCCUUAUCGGGAUGAGCCAGUGGAAUUCAAAUGACCUGGUGGAGCAGAUGGAGACCAUGGGGAAACUGGAGGAGCAUCAAGGAGAAGGGAGCACGCCAUGCACUUCCAGCCUCCUCCAGGAGAAGCAGCGAGAAUUGUACCGGGUUUCCUUGAGAAGACAGAGGUUCCCAGCCCAAGGAAGCAUCGAGAUCCAUGAAGACAAUGAGGAAGGCUGCCCGCAGCGCUCCUGCAAGACGCACGUCCUCCUGCUGGUGCUUCACGGGGGGAAUGUCCUGGACACGGGCUCGGGGGACCCAUCCUGCAAGGUGGCUGACAUCCACACCUUCAGCUCCGUGCUGGAGAAGGUCACGCGCGCCCACUUCCCCGCGGCCUUGGGCCACAUCCUCGUCAAAUUCGUCCCCUGUCCUGCCAUCUGCUCCGAGGCUUUCUCGCUUGUCUCCAACCUGAACCCCUUCAGCCACGACGCAGGCUGUCUCAGCAACAGCCAGGACCACGUCCCUCUGGCCGCCCUGCCCUUGUUGGCCAUCUCCUCCCCACAGUACCAGGAUGCGGUUGCCACCGUCAUCGAGCGAGCCAACCAGGUUUACGCGGAGUUCCUCAAAUCCCCCGAUGGGAUUGGCUUCAGUGGGCAGGUGUGCCUCAUCGGGGACUGUGUGGGGGGCCUCCUGGCCUUCGAUGCCAUCUGCUACAGCGCGGGGCCCACGGGUGACAGCCCUGGCAGCAGCAGCCGGAAGGGGAGCUUCAGCAGCACCCAGGACGCCCCGGUGGUGGUGGAGGAGGAGUGCAGCCUGGCCGGCAGCAAGCGGCUCAGCAAGAGCAGCAUCGACGUCUCCAGCGCCUUGGAGGAUGAAGAGCCCAAGCGGCCAUUGCCACGGAAGCAGAGCGACUCCUCCACCUAUGACUGCGAGGCCAUCACCCAGCAUCACGCCUUCCUAUCAAGCAUCCACUCCAAUGUGCUGAAGGAUGAAGCCGAGUCCCCAGCGGCUGGGGGCCCCCAGGUCCCCGAGGUCAGCCUGGGCCGCUUGGAUUUUGAGGUGUCCGACUUCUUCCUCUUUGGCUCGCCCCUGGGCCUGGUCCUGGCCAUGCGGAGGACGGUGCUGCCCGGACUGGAUGGUUUCCAGGUGCGUCCUGCCUGCAGUCAGAUCUACAGCUUCUUCCACUGCGCAGACCCCUCUGCCUCCCGGCUUGAACCUCUGCUGGAGCCCAAGUUCCACCUGGUGCCACCCGUCAGCGUGCCCCGCUACCAGAGGUUCCCGCUGGGCGACGGACAGCCCCUCCUCCUCGCUGAUGCCCUGCACACCCACAGUGCCCUCUUCCUGGAGGGCAGCUCCCGGGGCAGCCCGCCGCUGCUGGACGCCCCUGCCUCACCCCCUCAGGCCCCGAGAUCCCAGCGCCGGGCACGAAGGGUCAGCCAGGGCAGCUCCAGCGAGAGCUCGGAGUCCUCGGACAGCCUGGCCCCCAUGGGUGCCUCCCGCAUCACAGCCAAGUGGUGGGGCUCCAAGCGCAUCGACUACGCCCUGUACUGCCCUGACGUCCUCACGGCUUUCCCCACCGUGGCCCUGCCCCACCUCUUCCACGCCAGCUACUGGGAGUCCACGGAUGUGGUGGCCUUCAUCCUGAGACAGGUGAUGCGCUAUGAGAGCGUGAAUGUCAAGGAGAGUGCUGGCCUGGACCCCGCGGCACUGAGCCCCGCCAACCCCCGCGAGAAGUGGCUUCGUAAGAGGACCCAGGUCAAGCUGCGGAAUGUCACUGCCAACCACCGGGCCAACGACGUGAUUGCUGCUGAAGAUGGCCCCCAGGUCCUGGUGGGGAGGUUCAUGUACGGGCCCCUCGACAUGGUGGCCCUGACCGGCGAGAAGGUGGACAUCCUGGUGAUGGCAGAGCCGUCCUCUGGCCGCUGGGUGCACCUGGACACAGAGAUCACCAACAGCAGUGGGCGCAUCACAUACAGUGUGCCAAGGCCCCGGCGCCUGGGGGUCGGUGUCUACCCCGUCAAGAUGGUCGUCAGGGGCGACCAGACCUGCGCGAUGAGCUACCUCACAGUGCUGCCCCGGGGCAUGGAGUGCGUGGUCUUCAGCAUCGACGGCUCCUUUGCGGCCAGCGUGUCCAUCAUGGGAAGUGACCCCAAGGUCCGGCCGGGGGCAGUGGACGUUGUCCGGCACUGGCAGGACCUGGGCUACAUGAUCCUCUACAUCACGGGGCGGCCGGACAUGCAGAAACAGCGGGUGGUGUCAUGGCUGUCCCAGCACAACUUCCCACAGGGCAUGAUCUUCUUCUCCGACGGGCUGGUGCAUGACCCGCUGCGGCAGAAGGCCAUCUUCUUGCGCAACCUGAUGCAGGAGUGUUUCAUCAAAAUCAGUGCAGCCUACGGCUCCACGAAGGACAUCUCUGUCUACAGUGUGCUGGGCCUGCCACCCUCCCAGAUCUUCAUCGUGGGCCGGCCCACCAAGAAGUACCAAACCCAGUGCCAGUUCCUGAGCGAGGGCUACGCGGCGCACUUGGCGGCGCUGGAGGCCGGCCACCGCUCGCGCCCCAAAAAGAACAGCUCGCGCAUGAUCCUACGCAAGGGCAGCUUCGGCCUCCACGCGCAGCCCGAGUUCCUGCGGAAGCGCAACCACCUGCGCCGGACCAUGUCGGUGCAGCAGCCCGACCCGCCCGCCAACCCCAAGCCCGAGCGGGCCCAGAGCCAGCCCGAGUCCGACAAGGACCACGAGCGGCCCCUGCCCGCGCUCAGCUGGGCGCGCGGGCCCCCCAAGUUCGAGUCGGUGCCCUGAGGGCCGGGCGGUGCAGCAGAGCAGGGGGUGGGGGGCCCACCAGGGCUGCCUGCGGGGACGGGAGGGGCUGCCUUGUCCCCGGCAGACACAGGCUGUUUCCUGCUUUUUCCCUCCCGUGUCUGUCCAGCAAAGUGUCCAACCAGCGAGGCGGGAGGGACCCUGCCUGGCCUUGGCGGGGAGGCUCCCUGGGCGGCAAAGGGGUGAGAUCCAGAGGUCUCAAUGCAGUCGCUGCUGCUCCCUUAGGCCUGCAACGCAAGCCCCAGUCAGGGUGGAUGUCUGUGUAACUCCCCGGGGGCAGGCUUGCUCGGAGCCCGAGUGUUUGACAAAGUCGACCUUCUCUCUGAGCUCCGGCGGCUUCGGCAGUGAUGGUUGGCAGGCCCUAAAGGGAGGUGCCCCGGAUCAGGGACCAAAAGCCACUGGCAAGUGCAGCUUCUUGGUUGCCUGCUGGGGUGAGGGGAGGGGGGGCAAGUGGCAUUUGUGCCCGCCCCCUGGCGACAUCCCAGGUCACCAUCCUGGGCCUGGCUCUCCUGUGGCCAAGUGGCCACUUUCUGGGAGUGAGAGGAUGUCCGGUAGGUUCAUCCUGUGUUUGAGUUGUCUGUCCACAGACGGUUGGGGGUGGGGUCUGGUGCUGACGGUCUGUCCUCCUGCAGCUGUCUAUUGUCCCCCUUUUCUUGUCCUCCGUAUCCUCGCCUUUCUCCCGGAGCCCUGGAGGACACUCCUGCCUCUUCCUGGAGUCCUGCCUGGUGCCGUCCGCCAUGAGGCUGAGGCCCUGGGCUCUGGCCUAGCUGGGCUGGCCGGGAACCCUUGAGCCUGUUGCUUGCCCUCGCUGGGCCCUGCCUUCCUUCUGUAAUUGGAGGGGUCUCCCCAGCUGAGAUUGUGGGGCGUUUUUGACUCCUAGGCUGCCCUGCACUUCUGCCCUCUGCAGCAUUUCAGGCCUAAGAGCCCUUCAGAGGGCCCAGUGAUCUAUACCCUCCCCGCAGACUGAGAGAGGGGCUCUGGGGGCCCGUUGCCCCACCACUUCCAAGGAAGCCCCUCUGCGGGGGUUGCUGGGAAGGGGGGUCCCUGCUCCGUGGAGAGGUUUGCUUUGCACUGAUGCCCAAACCUGGUGUCCCAGGAACAGAGACAUCUCCCAGCAGGCCCUGGCCUGGCUCCUCUUCCCCAGCUCGGCUCAGAGUGAUUUCUCUCUUUGGCUCCUGGAAGGUAGACAGCUGAGGUCCCAGAGCUCCGGGGGUUCAUGUAAUUUUGGCUCAAACUGUUGUGUUCUCUGCCCUUUCCCCAGCCACUCAGCUUGGUUUAAUGCCCAUAACCUCCUCUUGGGUCGUCCCUUGAGGUUGGCAGGGCUUGGCUCUCCUGGGGUUCCCUCAAAUUCUGCCCAGGCCUUCCUGCUGCUGAGCCCCUGGCCAGGGCAUUGGUCUCCUGCACUUCUCCUGCUCCCUGGUCCAGACCCACGCCUGCCCGUGUGGGGUGCUUCCCGGGCCACCUCUGAGUCCCUCCGGGCUGUUGCUGAGGCUGGUCCAGCUCUUUCAGCCGGGCUCUGUGUUGGGGGCUGGGCUGCCCCAGGGCCCAGACGUCUGUAUGCCCAGCAGGCACCUGUGUCGCUCACUGUUGCUUCUGCUGUCUACCUCUCGCAGCUCUCAUGUGGCCAGGGUCCUCCCCGGUGGCAGCUGCUGGUGGGGGCAACUGGCCCUGCUGUUGUGAAUCACCUGGCACACUCGACGCCCCUCUGGGGCUGGAGGGAUCCGGGCUCCCAGCCCUCACUCCUGCGCUAUGAGAACUGUCUUCUCCAGCUCCACUUCCAGCGCUGCAUCUGCACCCAAACUCAGAGCUGCUGGCAAGUCUGUCAGGGAAGGGUGAUCACCCCCAGCUUCUUCUUUGGUUCUGCCUUCUGGUGGCUCACGACGGGCCCAUCCCUCCUUUAACAUUUCAUCCUUCUUGGCUGUCCACUGGGCACCAGCUCCUAUGGCA